AUGAAAAAUCCCUCCCCAGACACGACUGUUUCCCAGGGAGGUUGGGGUUACUGGGGUAGCUGGGGUAAAUCUAUCCUCUCCACUGCUACUGCCACUGUAGCUACUGUGGGCCAAGGGUUGACACAGGUCAUUGAGAAAGCUGAGACGUCUCUAGGAAUCCCAAGUCCUGAGGAGCUUUCAGCUCAAGCGGAAAAAGAAAAAACUGAUGAUUCAGCCAGUAGUAAGGAAAAUAAAGAUGAAGAGGAGAAGACGUAUGGGAUGGGUGGUGCUAUGGGAAUGAUCUCCUCCAGUAGUAUGGGAAUGUUGUCAUCUUUAACCACUGUAGUUCAGAGUACGGGUAAGACAGUAAUAAGUGGUGGUCUGGAUGCAUUGGAGUUUAUUGGGAAGAAGACCAUGGAUGUGAUAGCAGAGGGAGACCCUGGCUUUAAGAAAACAAAGGGACUGAUGAACAGAAACUCCACACUGUCACAGGCUUUGAGGGAAGCAAAAGAACAUGAGGAGCAGCAGAAAGCUGAAAACGUCACUUCAGAAACAGACAAGAAGGCUCAUUAUGGGCUGUUGUUUGAUGAAUUUCAAGGCCUGUCCCAUCUGGAGGCUUUGGAGAUCCUCUCUAGAGAGAGUGAAGCCAAGGUGAAAUCAGUGCUGACCACUCUAUCUGGUGAGGAGUUAGCUAAACUAAAACAAGAACUACAGGACAUUAAAGAGCCUUUUUCGCUUAUGGAGUUUGAUGACGAAGUGGAUGAUGAUGCGAAGGGGGAUGAUGGUGAGGAUUUUGUGAAGGAACUGACGGAUGUCCUUGAAAGACUACAGAUUUCCACAUCAGCAGACAAACUUUGCAAGGCAAGAAAAAAUGCAUUCAACCAUAUCACAAACAUGAAGCAACAAAGUGAAAACCCACAGCAAGAAGAAGAGGAGAAAGAACAGAAACCGGCAGUGUCUAAAUGCAGUGUUGAGGAGGCCCAUUUGUCUGCCAUUACAAGCCUGGCCGAGUUCACAGCCAGAUCCAUAGAGCAGUUCCACAAAACAGCUGAAAUGCUGCUCCACUGUAACCCUGAGGGGGUGACGACCACAGAACAAGCCAAAGUCCUAUCACAAGUUACUAUUGUUAUUUGCAAGGAGGUAUCACUACUAUCCAAAAAGUUCACAUCGUGUUUGACUACCAUAGGGGCAAAUGAAAAGGGAGAAGUUCUCAAUCCACUUAUUACCAGCAUUUUUCUGGAGGCAUCAAACAGUGCAUCAUAUAUCCAGGACGCGUUCCAGCUCCUCAUGCCAGUGCUGGAAGUGUCUCAUAUUCAGAGGACGGUGGAGUCGGCACAGUGAUAACCACUCGGAAACACUUUACUGCGCCAACUAAGAUUUUAAUA